AUGGCGCCUACCAGGACAGUCAAGUCCAAGUCUUUUCCUAAGGAUGGUAAAAGUCCCAAGGGUUCAGGAAAGCCCCGUGCCCUUGGUGCAAAUACGAAGAGCAAAGUCUCGAAGAAACCCAAGGCUCCACCACCCAAGCAGCAAAAGACCAAGUCAGCUGCACCGGUCAAGAAGAAGAAACGUGUGUAUACGGAGAAGGAACUGGGACUACCAAAGUUGAAUAUGGUCACCCCGGUUGGUGUAGAGUUGCCAAAAGGGAAAAGGAAGGGCAAGGUGUUCGUUGAUGACCAGGAGAGCAUGAUGACUAUACUCGCGAUUGUCACCGCGGACAAGGAGGGCCAGAUCGAGAGCAAAAUGAUGAAGUCUCGCCAAAUGGAGGAUAUUCGUGAAGCAAGGCGCAAGGAGGCGGAGGCGAGACAUGAGCAGAGAAAAUCGAAAAUGGAGGAGACCAAGGACUCGAUGCGCAAGAAGAGGAAAAGGAAGCCAAACGUUGGCGUCGACACGGACCCUUUAGAGAGCAGCUCGAAAUCCUCGAAGGGCGCCAAAGCCAGUGGAAAGAGGGUUUCAUUUGCUUGA